AUGCAAGAGAAGAUAGAAUACGGAGCCAUGAAAGUUUUCUUCCUCACCCUAUUGCUGAUCAAUGAAGUUCCUAUAAGAGCUCAUUCCCAGCAGGGGAUCGAAGACAAUGAAAGCUGGACGACGAAAGCUUGCAGAUGUGACUGCAAUGCAGACGAGUCCACCACUGAGAUGACGUCCAUCGUAUCUGGCUCAAGCUGGAUCCAAGAAAUGCACUGCAUGCCAGAAUGCCCAUAUCACAGACCUCUGGGCUUUGAGGCUGGAUCAGUCACUUCUGAACAAAUCAGCUGCUCUAAUCAAGAUCAGUACACGGGUUGGUUCUCCUCAUGGAUCCCCAACAAAGCCAGACUUAACAACCAGGGGUUUGGAUGUGCUUGGUUGUCUAAGUAUCAGGACACCAACCAGUGGCUGCAGAUUGACCUGAAGAAGGUGAACGUGGUGUCUGGCAUCCUUACUCAAGGGCGCUGUGAUGCAGAUGAGUGGAUCACCAAGUACAGUGUGCAGUACCGCACCAGUGAGAAUCUCAACUGGAUCUACUACAAGGAUCAGACAGGAAACAACAGAGUGUUUUAUGGAAAUUCGGAUCGCUCCUCUUCAGUCCAGAACCUGUUCCGUCCUCCCAUUGUGGCUCGCUACAUCCGCCUCAUCCCUCUGGGCUGGCACACGCGUAUUGCUAUUCGCAUGGAGCUUCUGCUCUGCAUGAAGAAAUGCACCUAA